AUGACUUUCAAGACCAACUCGGCCACGCGUUUGUGUCGCGUGGUAAUAGUGGCGAUUUUCGCUCUGUCAGCGCGCACCGAUGCUUUACUUGUGGCCGCAGAGUCGAAGGAACUGGGAGCCAGCUCUACCCGGUACUUGAGAGCUCACAAGCCAUCAUGGGACUAUGUACCCGAAGCCAGAGCCUUUGAUGUUAACAUUCCCGUCAUCUCGAAGCUUGUCGAAAAGGUGUCGAAGAAACCAAAGAACGAGGACGAAGUGCUUCAGCUGUUCAUGAAGAUGAAGCUUCCCUAUCAACACACGAAGCUUCUUGAAAACCCGCAGUUCCAGAAGUGGGCCAGCGCAGUGACAAAAGGAUACAAGAAGAAUUUCCAGUCGGCACAAAGGGCAAUGGCCCCCACCUUAGCAGCUCAGUACGGCGAUGAAGCACUGGCUAAGAUGAUCGUUAGUGCUGAGACUAUGGCCGCCAAACUGGAGGAAACACAACUGCAGAAUUGGCUGGGCACGAAAAAACUCCAGAUGCCUUGCUUCGGGCUCUGA